AUGUCGCACUUCGGAAUUGACCUAUUUGGCCGGGAAACCCCGCCGCCGGGUUAUCAUUCUGCUUCGGAAUUAUGGAGGAUUCAAAAUCUUGGCCCACCGCCCGAUCAACUAACAACUCAGACAAUUGAUUUAAGCACGAGCUUCAAAUUAGUCUAUCCUGACAAAAACUCAAACAACAAGCUCACUUGGAUACCAAGGAAAUCAAAGGGGAAGUUUUUAAUUUCAAUUCCAGCCAUUUCCACAACAUUCAAGCAAUUCCGUGAAAUCAUUGCUAGAAAGUGCGAAGAGAAUUCUGAGGGUGCCGGAAAGAUCAUUCAAAACACGCUUGAGUCCGGCUCUCCUGGAAUCAACUGGAAGGUCUGGAUGAAUCUUCCAGCAGCCCACAAGUUUAAAAAGAACGCCAACUAUAAAGUUAACGACAUUGAUUCAUUCACCCACUGGACGGCAACCAUCAUCGCAAAUGGGAAGGACAGGACCGAUGCGAGCUUGGAAGUCGAAAUGAUCAGCCCAGCCAAUUUAGAGAAAGAAGCAAAGGCGGCUGUGAAGAUCAAACAACAUGUAAUGACCCAUGCGGCUGACCAACGUGCAUCAACUUCAAAGCACCAAGAUCCGUCAAAUUUGGUUGCCGCCGAGGAUUUUGAUCUUUACAAUUUGUACAGAGACCAGAUCUUCAAUGCCCACCCGCCAAACGUUCAAUACCAUAAUAAGAUUCCGGUCUUUAUUGAUCCAGGUGACCGAAGUCGUUACAUCCUCUUGACAACUGGGAAUGUUGAUAAAUGGGCAUAUGCUCUUACAAAACCCAAUACUGCAGUUUCCCUUCACUCGCCACCACCCGAACUCAAAUUCGAGAAGUUAUCUGCCUCGAAAAAGCAUAAACUAGACAACUGUUCAAGCUCUCGUACUCGUAGGGUCAGUUCCCAAUCCGAUUCCGAUGGGUCUUCUGUAAUCAAUCCAGGAGUCAACUUGCUUGAGGCCUAUCUCGAAUUCAUCAAGAUCCCAGCUAUUGAAAGGAGCGAGAUUGCAAGGAUUCUCACUGAACACAAGGCAACGAAUCCUAGAUUUUUCCGAUCAAAGAACAUCACCCGAGAUGUGAUGAAAGGCUGGGGCUUAGCUGAUAUAUACAUUGCUCAAUUAAGAGACAAUGUGAAGAAAUUUGAAAAAUCUAAAGCUUCUGAAUAG